AUGAGCCAAAAAUCAGUGUCCGAACAAAUCGAAGAGCAAAGUCAAAUUCAAGAAAUUAUUCAAACUAUUUUAAUUGACCAAGAACAAAUCGGUCAACUCCGAACCAAGCACAAACAAGCUUCACAAGCAGAGCAUUGUAUUGAAAAGUUGCGUGAGGAUGAAAAAAUUUGGUCGUGCGGUUCUGGAGGAUUCUUUCUUCAAACCACGGUGAAAGAAAUGCGAGAAAUAUUAUCGAAUGAAAAGGAAGUAUGCAAAGUAGAACAAAAGGAGCUUGCAAAACAUGUAGAGGAGAGUCAAAAAUUAUUGCAUUCUCUUGAUCCAUAUGAUUCCUAUAAAUUACAGCAGCAAUAUUUACAAUAA